GCGAAAUCAAUCAGUUAACGCGAAGAAAGAAGGACUACAACAGCCAAUCAGAGUGAUAAAAAACCUAUUGUUACAAAUCGCUGUGUCGUAAAAUGCAAAACGAAACGAUGAAAGGCAAUGAACAAGAAUUUAAUUCAGAUGAUUUGGACGAAAUUUUGGAAAUACGAAUGAAUAAAAUCCGAGCACGUCGUUCUCAAAACCUGGAAGACGACGAUGAUGCUGACGUUACAGGAACACCAGUUCUAACGCAGCGACUCCAAAGAGAAGCGACGACAAGGGCGAAACGGGCUCAGAAAAUGCAAGAAGCCUACCAUCGUUCCAUGGGCUUAGCCAGCUACACGCCUCAAACAACUUCGUACUCGAGAGUCAUCAAGGACAAUGGUCUUAACCACUGGACUCUAAAAAGGAAAUAAAUAUAUUUAAUUGAAAAUAUAUAUAUAUAUAUUGCAGGGAAAUGAAUAUGACAGAGAGAAUCAACAUAUUUUUUACUCGAAGUCCGCCCGAUCCAAAAUUGGAACCAAUAUUUAUUUUGUUUUUAAUAAAAUGUUAGAAUUAUUUAAAUUUAGCCAAGGUUUUGGGUUAAGGUCGAGUUCUUUAUGUGGCUAUUUAAAAAGUUAUGAUCUCAAUACAACUGUUAUGAGCCAUUAAGCAUUAUAAACAACUUCAUUGGUUUGUAAUGCAAGGAUCGGCAGUGCAAUGAAACUCUUUUGACAUCGAGAAAAAUAAAUGAAAGUCAGAAAUAUGUAAUACGAUAAUUAGACAUAUGACGUAAAAUAGACUCGGGAAUGUUAUUAUAUGACUAAUAUCAUUGACAUAUUACUGUACUAUAUCUAUCUUAUUAUGUGAAAGUUUUCAAAGUUUUUUGCCUCGUAAGAAAAGUUACGUAAGUUGUAAAAAUUUGUCGUUGUAAAAUAGCAAGCAAAAUCAAUAAAUUAUUAAUAUUGUAAA